AUGGAGCACCACCGCCGCCGCCACCUCAGCCCCGGCAGCCAGCCGUUUUCCGACCGCGUGUCCCGCGCCGUGUGGCACCGCCUCCGUCUCCUCCACCGCGCGGACCCCCUCUUCUUCGUCCUCGGCUCUUCCGGCAACGUCUACACGGUGGCCGUCUCCGCCGCGCCCUCGUGCACGUGCCCCGACCGCGGCGCCCCCUGCAAGCACCUCCUUUUCGUCCUCAUCUGUGCCCUCGGCCUCCCUCCCGAUGACCGCUGCCUCGGGCGACGAGCCCUCCGCCCCUGCCACCUGUCCCGCCUGCUCGCCCGCCCGACCUCUGCGGGCGCGCUAGCUGGCUCGGCACUCAGGGAGAGGUUCCGGGAGAUCUUCUUCGGCGGCGGUGGGCGGCCGGCGCCGGAGGUGAGCGGCGGGGGUUGUUGCCCGGUGUGUUUGGAGGAGAUGGGGAGGGAGGAUAGGGUGGUGGCGUGCGGGACGUGUAGGAAUGUGAUACACGAGGAGUGUUUCUUGUCGUGGAAAAGGAGCUGCCGGAGGAGGUCCGCCACCUGUGUGCUCUGCCGUGCGAGGUGGCGGGGCAGAGGGGAUCGGGAGAAGUAUGUCAAUUUGUCGGCCUUUGUUAGUGAGGACGAUGAUGACGUGGUGGUCGCCAUAUCCUGUUGCAUAGCAGAAAAUGGACAGAUCAUAUUAGACCCUAGCAAGCAGCUCUUUCUUCUCCUCCCCUUGGCCGCCAAGGACGUAGCCGCUGCCGCUGCCGCCUCGUGGCCGCUGUUUAGGAAAACUAAGGCGUCCCUCCCGUCGCUGUUGCUUCUCCCCAGGAAAUCCUUGAACCGCCAGAUCUUGGAAAUACCGGUCGAGUUGCUUUUCCGGCAGACAUCCGGCAACACCUCCACCGCCUUCCCGUCCGGGGAGGACGGCGCCUUCUGGCCGCUGUCUUCACUCGUUUCGAUGAAGACAUUCUUCAUUGGAGGCCUCGUGGGCAAGCUGUCGAGUAGAUUCUCGCCGGAGAAGAAUAAAUCCCGGUUGAAGAGUGGAUAA